AGGGAGGCGUGGGGUCUCCCCGCUCCCUCAGCAGGGUCGGGAGGCGAGAUCGCCCGGGGGAGCGGCCGCAGCCCAGCCCGCCGGACACCCUCCUGGGCUUCGGCGCGCUAGGCUGCGCGGAGGUGAGACGGGGCCCGGCGGGCUCCGGGAGGAGGCGGCCCCCAGGAAGGCGUGGCUCGCGGGGACGUGGCAGGACAGCCCCUUUGCGCAGACGGGGAAACCGAGAGAGCAGCCGCGGGCGAGUUCUCGAUGUGGAGACUUCUGUUUCAGGGCCCACCUCUGUGGCCACUGGCCAGUGGGUCCCGCGCCCACUCCUCCUCCAACAAAAGAAUCCGGAAAAGUGCGGUGCGCAUCGGCCUCCCGCCGAGUGUGCCUCUGGACCUCGCAUCCUUGGGAGGGGUUGUGGGCAGCACCCUUCCCCAUGCACACGGUGGGGGAGGGGGCACAGAUCCGCGGGCUCCCGAGUCCCGCCCUGCGCCCCAGUGCGGGAGGACAGAGGUGCACUGGGGUCACGUGGUCCAAGUGUUUGAGCCCUGCGGCCAGACAAGAGAGGCUCCUGGCCCCACCUAGCAAGCUCUGCUGGAGCCAUGAAGCUGAACGAGAGAAGUGUGGCCCACUAUGCACUGAGCAACUCCCCAGCAGACCACAUGGGCUUCCUGCGCACUUGGGGGGGGGCAGGGACUCCACCCACCCCCAGUGGCACUGGCCGAAGAUGCUGGUUUGUUCUCAAGGGCAACCUGCUGUUCUCCUUUGAGAGUCGAGAGGGCCGGGCCCCGCUGGGCCUGGUGGUGCUGGAGGGCUGCACGGUGGAGUUGGCCGAGGCGCCCAUGUCUGAAGAAUUUGCCUUCGCCAUCCGCUUCAACGCCCCUGGUGUGCGCCCACACCUGCUCGCAGCUGAUGGGUCAGCAGCCCAGGAGGCCUGGGUGAAGGCGCUGUCCCGGGCAAGUUUUGGCUACAUGCGCUUGGUGGUGCGGGAGCUGGAGAGCCAGUUGCGUGAUGCUCGCCAGAGCCUGGCCUUGCAUCGCCACUCAUCCUGGAAGGCCAUUACCAGCCGCUGUAAGCUCCAGGCUCCUGACUGCUUGCCUCGGGGUCUGGAGAACGGCUACUCCCUCUCCAGAGAUUGCAGCCCCAUAGGCUUGGUGGAAGAAGGGGGCAGCAGGCCAGCAGGGUCGGGCCUGGCUGAGUGUGAGCUUCAGGGCCCUGCCAACUUCCUCCUAGGCAGUGGGCAGAGCCCCGUGUCCCCUGAGACCUCUUGCUUCUCUACCCUGCAUGACUGGUACGGCAAGGAGAUCUUAGAGCUAAGGCAGGGGUGGCUGCAGAGGGCUCAGGGGAGCCAGCCAAAAUGUGAGGGACAGGAUAGGCCCUGAGUCUGGGCCCUUAAAGGUUCUGCCCUUGUCCUGCUGGUCAGGACGCCAGGGCCAAUUCUUUUUCAGGAGUUUGAUGUUUGUUUUCAAAGUUGCUUUUUUUUUUUUUUUUUUUUGAGGGAGGCAGUUCUCUCCUUCUUGCUUUUUAGGCCUUCUCCAGGUUCUAGAUCCACCUUUGUGCCUGGAGGGACCUAAGGACUCAUAACUUCCAACCCCUUUACUUCCUGAGGCCCAGAGAGGAAAGAUGGCUUGCUCAUCAGUCAGAGUGAGGCCCCAGUUUCCUGACACAGUGCUGGACACUGUCCCUCACUCAGGGGAUAUUAAUGAAAUGGAAGAAGUGGGGAGUAUUACGUGGUCACAGGGCCACCCUGCCUUUCACCUACACACCACACUUAGCCAGUUUCCAACAUGGGGAGUCUUGUGUGCAUUUAGAUAACAGAAGUUGGCUUCCGGGACUGACAUUAUCGGAGAAGGUGGAUUUAUUAUAUC